ACCAUGAAAAACGGUAGUCCAUCACUUAAUGCACUGGACCCCGACACAUUCGCCGGAGAGUCCCGCGCUGUGAUAGACUUCCUCGCCGGCUACUACCGCGAUGUGGACAAGUACCCUGUCCAGUCGGAAGCCGAGCCGGGCAGCCUCCGUAGGCUUCUGCCCGACACGGCGCCCGAACACGGUGAGCCGGUUGACGGAAUACUCGAGGAUGUAGGGCAACACAUCCUCCCUGGACUCACACACUUCCAGAGCCCCAACUUCUUUGCCUACUACCCAGCCAACGCCAGCACGGCUGGGUUCGCCGGCGAGAUGCUCUGCGCCGGCCUCAACGUCGCACCCUUCACAUGGGCUGCCUCGCCUCUGGCAACCGAACUUGAAUGCGUCAUGCUAGACUGGAUGUGCAAGCUCAUGUGCCUCCCGGAUCGUUUCCUCUUCUCAGGCGGGGGCGGCGGCGGCGGCGGCGGGGUGCUGCACGGGAGCACCUGCGAGGCCGUGAUAUGCACUCUUGCCGCCGCACGGGAUCGCGCGCUCAGCAAGCUAACCCAUGAAGGCAUCCUCAAGCUGGUGGUGUACGCCUCGGACCAGAGCCACACCACCUUCCAGAAGGGCGCCAGGAUUGUUGGGAUCCCCCCGUCAAACUUCCGCAUCAUCCCAACGUCCGCCUCAUCCAGCUACGGCCUAACCGCAGAAAGCGUCCGCCACGCGGUGGAGGCUGACCUUGCCAGCGGCCUCGUGCCACUCUACCUGUGCGCCACGGUUGGCACCACCGGCGUCGGCGCGGUUGACCCGGUGGGUGAGCUCGGGGAGGUGGCGCGACGCUACGGCAUGUGGCUCCACGUCGACGCCGCCUACGCCGGCAGCGCGCUCAUCUGCCCCGAGUUCCAGGGCUACAUCCACGGCGCCGAGCUGGCCGACUCGGUGAGCAUGAACCCGCACAAGUGGUUCCUCACCAACAUGGACUGCUGCUGCCUCUGGGUGGCCAGCCCAGCUCAGCUUACCUCCGCGCUUUCCAUCACUUCAGAGUACCUCACCGAUGUCAGCUGCCAAGAAACCGUGGAUGUGGUGGACUACAAGGACUGGCAGAUUGCCUUGGGACGCCGAUUCCGCGCCAUCAAGCUGUGGGUUGUUCUACGCCGGUACGGCGCGGCGGGCCUACGAGCGCACAUCAGGAGGCAUGUGGAGAUGGCAAAGUGGUUUGAGCAGGCGGUGAAGGCCGACGAGCGGUUCGAGGUGGUCGCGCCCAGGAGAUUUUCCCUUGUGUGCUUCCGCCUCCGCCCAAGGCCACGGUAUGAAGGCGACCAUGCGGUGGACGCCUUGAACCGUAAGCUUCUCAACGCGGUGAACGCCAGCGGGAGGGCCUUCAUGGUACACACUGUGGUGGACAACAAGUUCGUUAUCCGCCUCGCCAUAGGUGCCACCAUGACCCAGAUGCGCCACGUCCGAAACGCAUUUCACCUCAUCCAGGAGAAAGCCACCCAAAUACUCCCUCCAUAGAAAUAUAUAAGAGCGUUUAGAUUCCUAUAAAGGAGUAAUCUAAACGCUCUUAUAUUUCCGUACAGAGAGGGAGCACCACGUGACUAAUAAUAGUACUUGUACCCCUAAAUUAGUUAAUAGCCAUGCCUCAUGCCUUACUGCAAAAUCAAUCAUGACAUCAAUGAAAAAUAAGCUUCAAAUAGAAUGUCUCUAUCGC